AUGGGAGUGGUUGGAGACGGGAGUGGUUGGAGGCAGGCGUCAACGGCAGCACGGCAAGUUCAAGGAGAAGGGAGUGGUUGGAGGCAGGCAUCAACGGCAGCACGACAAGUUCAAGGAGACAGGAGUGGUUGGAGGCAGGCAUCAACGGCAGCACGGCAAGUUCAAGGAGACGGGAGUGGUUGGAGACAGGAGUGGUUGGAGGCAGGCGUCAACGGCAGCACGGCAAGUUCAAGGAGACGGGAGUGGUUGGAGGCAGGCAUCAACGGCAGCAUGACAAGUUCAAGGAGACGGGAGUGGUUGGAGGCAGGCAUCAAUGGCAGCACGGCAAGUUCAAGGAGACGGGAGUGGUUGGAGGCAGGCGUGACGGCAGCACGACAAGUUCAAGGAGACGACGGGAGUGGUUGGAGGCUGCAGGCAUCGGCGGCACGACAAGUUCAAGGAGACGACGGGAGUGGUUGGAGGCUGCAGGCAUCGGCGGCACAACAAGUUCAAGGAGACGACGGGAGUGGUUGGAGGCUGCAGGCAUCGGCGGCACAACAAGUUCAAGGAGACGACGGGAGUGGAGGUUGGCAGGACAUGAGACAGUCGACGACGACAAGACUUAAUUUUGUUUAUAGUUGA